AUGGUUCUGACCCAGCUCCUCUCCCCGGCAUGCCCACAGGAGUCCCGGAUGAACAUGGAGAGCCUGAGUAAGCCAGAGCUGCUGAUGCUGUUCAGUGUCCUGGAAGGAGAGCUGGAGGCCCGUGACCUGGUCAUUGAGGCCCUCAGGGUAAGAGCUAUCCUUCUCCCCGGUCUUUCCUCUUGUUUCAUUUCCAGGCACGGCCCCAAGGCCCCUUAAUGAUGCCACCCAUGACCUAUAAUGUGAGGUCUUAGGUAUAGAGAUGUAACUAUGAUUUAUACUUAUGUCCGAGGAGUUGCCACGAAGCGCAUGAAACAAACAAGAACAUUGGUUGGAGUUGCGCUUUCCGUUUACUGAAGAGGACUACCUGAGAGAUAGCAGGUAACAGGCAGCUAGAGUGGAGCUACGCCUGGGAGAUAGCAGGUAACAGACAGCUAGAGUGGAGCUACGCCUGGGAGAUAGCAGGUAACAGACAGCUAGAGUGGAGCUACGCCUGGGAGAUAGCAUGUAACAGGUAGCUAGAGUGGAGCUACGCCUGGGAGAUAGCAUGUAACAGGUAGCUAGAGUGGAGCUACACCUGGGAGAUAGCAGGUAACAGACAGCUAGAGUGGAGCUACGCCUGGGAGAUAGCAUGUAACAGGUAGCUAGAGUGGAGCUACACCUGUGAGAUAAAUUGGGCAGGUAACAGACAGCUAGAGUGGAGCUACGCCUGGGAGAUAGCAUGUAACAGGUAGCUAGAGUGGAGCUACGCCUGUGUUCAGUGAGAGGCAUUAUAGUUGAAUGCCUGAACAGUUUAUUAUUGCAGAGAAUAUCUUUGAUUCAUCCAAGUCUUUAUGUCAGCGUCAAGUUUGUUAUUUUUGUACUAAGUAUGUUGGCCAAGUCAUCCUGCAUCUGUAAAUAUUGUAAAUAAAAUGAUCUCACUGAGGUGAACUGUCAACAUCCUGUCUGCCUCCUUACUGUCCACUCCACCGCUUUCGGGUCAUGCUUCAAAGGAGUAGCGGAUGUAAGAUGGCCAGGUUAGUGGUCCACAACCUGGGACAGGGGUUCGAGAGCAGAGUUGGCCUUUACCUAAUAGACUCUCUUACCAGGCCUCUAGUGGUCCUGUAGUGUACAUGCGGGACGGCUGAAGACGAGACAGAUACUCAUUACCUGACCUCACAUGAUUUAACCUGACCUUAAUUGAUGAGAGAUCCUUUAGCCAACCAGGGAAGGAGCUCUACUUUAGUAGCCAGGAUGUACUGCCACAGCGCUAGCCACUUAAGCCAAUUCAUGUCCAUGUGCCUGGGAUGUCAGGCUGUCUGGCUAUGGGAAGAUUAUCCUUUAUCUCUCUGCGGUCUGAGGAUACUCUCUGGCUAUUAAUCCACAUAUUCUACUCAUUCACAUACUGUACACAACGUGGUGUACAGACAACAACAACAGAAUUAAAAUCUGCCAAGCCUUCUAGGCUCAUCCUAAUAUGUCGUAUUGAGUAUUGAUCACAAUGACUGCUGAUGCAAAUUAGUACUGAGUACAUUACAAAGUAACCUGGAUAAUCCAAUAAACUCUACCGUAUCCAGGUGAACAGAAAUGUCAGAAAUCAAGGCCCCCGUAGAGCAUUCUUGUGUUGUGUCUAGACCUCAUUCCACACAUCUACUGGGCACUGGCCAUCUAAGGCAAGGCAAUUUAGUGCACCCUGCUAGGUCGAUAUCCAAGAUGGCGUAGUAGUGCAGUUCUGUUUUUGUCGUGUGUCUGUAAAUAGCCUGUAAAUAUCCUGUUUUUUUGUAUUUUUCGUACAUAUUUCCCUAUCAGACUUUUCAUCCUUCUACAAAAUAUACUUUCCUGCAACCCGCCUCACUCAAUGUGGAACGGAUUCUAUUAUUGACUUACCUUUAUCUAGAAUCUCCAGUUGAAACUAGCUAGCCAGCUAACUAGCUACUUGCUAUUAGCCACAGCUAGCGGUAUUUCACCCAGAACAUUGGUAGUAGAGUAGAGUAGAGGAUGCCUGGUUGUUCCUUAAAAGUAAUUUCCUCUCAAUCUUAAAUAAACAUGCCCCAUUCAAAAAAUACAGAACUAAGAACCGAUAUAGCCCCUGGUUCUCCUCAGACUUGACUGCCCUUGACCAGCACAAAAACAUCCUGUGGCGUACAGCAUUAGCAUCACAUAGCCCCCGCGAUAUGCAACUUUUCAGGGAAGUUAGGAACCAAUAUACACAAGCAGUCAGGAAAGCAAAGGCUAACUUUUUCAAACAGAAAUUUGCAUCCUGUAGCACUAACUCCAAAAAGUUUUGGGACACUGUAAAGUCCAUGGAGAAUAAGAGCACUUCCUCCCAGCUGCCCACUGCACUGAGGCUAGGAAACACUAUCACCACCGAUAAAUCUACAAUAAUCGAGAAUUUCAACAAGCAUUUUGCUACAGCUGGCCAUGCUUUCCAUCUGACUACCACUACCCCGGCCACCAACUCUGCACCCUCUGCUGCAACUUGCCCAUGCCCCCCCCGCUUCUCCUUCACACAAAUUCAGACAGCUGAUGUCUUGAAAGCGCUGCAAAAUCUGGACCCCUACAAAUCAGCUGGGCUAGACAAUCUGGACCCUUUCUUUCUAAAACUAGCCGCCGAAAUUGUCGCAACCCCUAUUACUAGUCUGUUCAACCUCUCUUUCAUAACGUCUGAGAUCCCCAGAGAUUGGAAAGCUGCCGCGGUCAUCCCCCUCUUCAAAGGGGGUGACACUCUAGAUCCAAACUGCUACAGACCUAUAUCCAUCCUGCCCUGCCUUUCGAAAGUAUUUGAAAGCCAAGUUAACAAACAGAUCACCGACCAUUUCGAAUACCACCGUACCUUCUCCGCUAUGCAAUCCGGUUUCCGAGCUGGUCAUGGGUGCACUCCAGCCACGCUCAAGGUCCUAAACGAUAUUAUAACCGCGAUUGAUAAUAGAUAGUACUGUGCAGCCGUCUUCAUCGACCUGGCCAAGGCUUUCGACUCUGUCAACCACCGCAUUCUUAUUGGCAGACUAAAUAGCCUUGGUUUCUCAAAUGACUGCCUCGCCUGGUUCACCAACUACUUCUCAGAUAGAGUUCAGUGUGUCAAAUCGGAGGGCCUGUUGUCUGGACCUAUGGCAGUCUCUAUGGGGGUGCCACAGGGUUCAAUUCUUGGGCCGACACUUUUCUCCGUGUAUAUCAAUGAUGUCGCUCUUGCUGCUGGUGACUCUCAGAUCCACCUCUACGCAGACGACACCAUUUUGUAUACAUCUGGCCCUUCAUUGGACACUGUGUUAACAAACCUCCAAACGAGCUUCAAUGCCAUACAACACUCCUUCAGUAGCCUCCAACUGCUCUUAAACACUAGUAAAACUAAAUGCAUGCUUUUCAAUCGAACGCUGCUGGCACCCGCCCACCCGACUAGAAUCACCACUCUCGACGGGUCUGACCUAGAGUAUGUGGACAACUACAAAUACCUAGGUGUCUGGUUAGACUGUAAACUCAACUUCCAGACUCACAUAAAGAAUCUCCAAUCCAAAGUUAAAUCUAGAAUCGGCUUCCUAUUUCGCAACAAAGCCUCCUUCACUCAUGCUGCCAAACAUGCCCUCGUAAAACUGACUAUCCUACCGAUCCUUGACUUCGGCGAUGUCAUUUACAAAAUAGCCUCCAACACUCUACUCAGCAAAUUGGAUGUAGUCUAUCACAGUGCCAUCCGUUUUGUCUCCAAAGCCCCAUACACUACCCACCACUGUGACCUGUACGCUCUUGUUGGCUGGUCCUCACUACAUGUUCGUCGUCAAACCCAAAGGCUCCAGGCCAUCUAUAAAUCACUGCUAGGCAAAUCCCUGCCUUAUCUUAGCUCAUUGGUCACCAUAGCAGCACCCACCCGUAGUCUGCGCUCCAGCAGGUAUAUCUCACUGGUCAUUCCCAAAGCCAACACCUCCUUUGGCUGCCAUUCCUUCCAGUUCUCUGCUGCCAAUGACUGGAACGAAUUGCAAAAAUCUCCCUCAAUAACUUUAAGCAUCAGUUGUCAGAGCACCUUACCGAUCACUGCACCUGUACACAGCCCAUCUGAAAUUAGCCCACCCAACUACCUCAUCCCUAUAUUGUUAUUUAUUUUGCUAUUUUGCACCCCAGUAUCUCUAUUUGCACAUAAUCUCUUGCACAUCUAGCAUUCCAGUGUUAAUACUAUUGUAAUUAUUUUGCACUAUAGCCUAUUUAUUGCCUUACCUCCAUAACUUGCUACAUUUGCACACACUGUAUAUAUAUUUUCUGUUGUAUUUUUGACUUUAUGUUUUUUACCCCAUAUGUAACUCUGUGUUGUUUUUAUUGCACUGCUUUGCUUUAUCUUGGCCAGGUCGCAGUUGUAAAUGAGAACCUGUUCUCAACUGGCUUACCUGGUUAAAUAAAGGUGAAAUAAAAAAUAAAAAGUGGGUGGAAGAUGACUGCACUGUGAUGGGUGGGUGGAAGAUGACUACUGCACUGUGAUGGGUGGAAGAUACCUACUGCACUGUGAUGGGUGGGUGGAAGAUACCUACUGCACUGUGAUGGGUGGGUGGAAGAUGACUACUGCACUGUGAUGGGUGGGUGGAAGAUGACUCUAUGUGAGCAGGGAGUAUUGGAGUGAACAAAUAAAGAAAGUCCUUAACUGGAGCGGUGGAGAAUGUGUGUGGCUGACUGUGUGGCUUCACUGACACUAAAUCACCAUGAUCUGUUAACCCAAUGAGUCCCACCGUAAUGCCGGCACGUUUUGGACUGCUAACCCUUUUUAAAUAUUGAACUACAGACUUCUGGGUUGUUGGAUUCGUCAAUUUCUUCUGUAUCCGUAGAUACCAACCAUUCGUCUGUGUGAUCAACCAGGUCUUUUUACAAACAUGUCUGUAGUCCAAAUGGUUUGAGCUACAAACUAUUAAAAGCUAUCUAUGAAAAUGGUUGCCCGGUUGUGUCAUGUCUCCUGUCUCACAGGACCCCCGAAAAUGGUGAAACACUUCAUUGGUAGGCUAAAUAUAAGGGUUGGACAUGCAGAUCAAUGAAAGUCAGAUAAAUGAAAAGCCGAUUUUUGCUUAGAUCUCGGGACUGAUAGGGUUAACUCAAUCCUUGGUUGCAUCAGCAGUAGUCUCUUGUGGCCUGCAAACACACAAUAUUUGGUUCUGAGAUUACCUCAGUAUUGUACAGUGGAAUAUGGAAUCCCUUCUUGCCCUCACUUUAAAGAAAAAUGAACAACAUUACAACAAUGGAUCCCAUAGUUACUCAAAGUGAGAAAGGCUUAGACUAGAGGGCUCGCCCACCAAGCAGCUUUUCAUCUUUUGGUUUUCAAUAGAUUUAAGUGUGUCAAAGAACUGUGUGUCAGGCAGUAUAUGAACUCUCACCAACAUUUGGAGCAAGAGAUCAUGUGAACAAGUCUUAUUGCUCAAGGCACUCAGUCUCAUACUAUAGUCAGGAGAACUAUUCAGUACGUGGUUCUCCAGGGAAGCCACAAGCUGCCAUUGACGUAGAAGCCUAAUGUAUGGUGGUGUGUCACUGUCAGCCACAGGGUGUUUUCCUAUUUCCAUUUAGUCUAAAGGGUUAAGGUUUGUUAAGUUUGUUUUGUUCCCGUUAUGUUCCUCAUUUCUUAUAAUAGCAGAUAUUUGUGUGUUCAGUUUAUAAAAUAUUUGAUGAUGGCUAAAGCUUUGCUCACUGUUAACCAGUACCCAUCCAUGACUCAUCUUGCCUGCUCGCAUCAGAAAGUUGGACCCUAGCGAUGCCCAUAUUUGGCACACAGCCGUUCCACUAGUACAGGGAAAAAAAGACUCUCCCUGGUGAACUGUUACUGUAAGAAGCACAAAAUAUGAGAAAUGGGACCGCCUACUUUCGGGCCUGUUAGCAUGUUAGCAGCGCCACAUUAGUGCAGGAAUGACUGAAUAAGCAUUGGUUGACUUGGCUGUUAAACAUAAGCUACGUCAGGAAUGUGUUUUACGUCAGUCCACCUCCUCACACUCCGCCCCCCCCCUCCUCGAUUACACCACUGGAACACCAAACCACCUCCCAGUGCUGUAUGUGUGUGUUUGUGUUUGUGUGUGUACGUGCAUGAGUGCAUGUGUGCUUUCAUUUCCUUGUUUACUCUAUGAGAGUUGACUGGUGUCAGAGCAGUCCCUGUAGAGAGCUGGAACAGACAAGGCCUGAAUGGAUGACAGCAACGGUUAGAAGACUCAUUCAAUCCGUAGUGCUGAAGAUCCGCUUUCUAGCGUGAUUGACGAUUAAAGGCAAUGUUCAAUGUUCCCGCGGUCGCGGAGACUGCAUUCACUGUAAACGCUGCAUAUGUCGGCUCAAUCGGAAAUUACCUUUACAUUUUAACGUGGAUCUUCGGUGAUACUUACGUACAUCUCUGGGACCAGGCUAGGCUUGGCGCUUGGUGUGGGGAGCUUCACUGGACUGUUGUAUUGUAAUGUGGGAGGCUGAGGAAUGUUCCCCCUCUCUCCUGGUUCACACAGGUCAGAUACAGGACCAGGGUAUUGGGUCACACAGGUCAGAUACAGGACCAGGGUAUUGGGUCACACAGGUCAGAUACAGGACCAGGAUAUUGGGUCACACAGGUCAGAUACAGGACCAGGGUAUUGGGUCACACAGGUCAGAUACAGGACCAGGGUAUUGGGUCACACAGGUCAGAUACAGGACCAGGGUAUUGGGUCACACAGGUCAGAUACAGGACCAGGGUAUUGGGUCACACAGGUCAGAUACAGGACCAGGGUAUUGGGUCAUUGGUCAUCAUGACUAGCUGUCAGGCACCAGACUGUGUCCACUGUGUGUUUCAGAGACAUGUCUCCUGUCUCACAUGUCUCCUGUCACACGUCUCCUGUCUCACAGGACUACUGUCUCAUGUCUCCUGUCUCACAGGACUACUGUCUCUCAGGACUACUGUCUCACAGGACUACUGUCUCAGGACUACUGUCUCUCAGGACUACUGUCUCUCAGGACUACUGUCUCACAGGACUACUGUCUCAGGACUACUGUCUCUCAGGACUACUGUCUCUCAGGACUACUGUCUCACAAGACUACUGUCUCACAUGACUACUGUCUCACAAGACUACUGUCUCAGGACUACUGUCUCUCAGGACUACUGUCUCACAGGACUACUGUCUCAGGACUACUGUCUCAGGACUACUGUCUCUCAGGACUACUGUCUCACAAGACUACUGUCUCACAUGACUACUGUCUCACAAGACUACUGUCUCACAUGUCUCCUGUCUCACAGGACUACUGUCUCACAGGACUACUGUCUCACAGGACUACUGUCUCACAGGACUACUGUCUCUCAGGACUACUGUCUCACAGGACUACUGUCUCACAGGACUACUGUCUCACAGGACUACUGUCUCUCAGGACUACUGUCUCUCAGGACUAAUGUCUCUCAGGACUACUGUCUCAGGACUACUGUCUCACAUGUCUCCUUUCUCAUGUCUCCUGUCUCAAAGGACUACUGUCUCACACGUUUCCUGUCUCACAUGUCUCCUGUCUCACACGUCUCCUGUCUCACAUGUCUCCUAUCUCACAUGUCUCCUGUCACACGUCUCCUGUCUCACAGCACUACUAUCUUGCAGGACUACUGUCUUGCAGGACUACUGUCUCGCAGGACUACUGUCUCGCAGGACUACUGUCUCAGGACUACUGUCUCACAGGACUACUGUCUCGCAGGACUACUGUCUCGCAGGACUACUGUCUCGCAGGACUACUGUCUCAGGACUACUGUCUCUCAGGACUACUGUCUCAGGACUACUGUCUCACAGGACUACUGUCUCACAGGACUACUGUCUCACAGGACUACUGUCUCUCAGGACUACUGUCUCACAGGACUACUGUCUCACAGGACUACUGUCUCACAGGACUACUGUCUCACAGGACUACUGUCUCAGGACUACUGUCUCACAGGACUACUGUCUCACAGGACUACUGUCUCAGGACUACUGUCUCACAGGACUACUGUCUCACAGGACUACUGUCUCACAGGACUACUGUCUCACAGGUCUACUGUCUCAUGACUACUGUCUCAGGACUCAUGUGCUUUCCUGACUCUCCUUAUUUUCUAUCCUUCACUUCCCAACGGACCAGAUGAAAUAGAAUAAGCUAUAGGAGGAUGGGCUCUUUGUAAUGGCUGGAAUGAAAUCAAUGGAACGGAGUCAAACAUGUGGUUUCCAUAUGUUUGAUACAGUUCCAUUCAUUCUAUUCCAGCUAUUACAAUGAGCCCGUCCUCCUAUAGCUCCUCCCACCAUCCUCCUCUGAUCCCAAUAUUUACAUUUACAUUUUACAUUUUAGUCAUUUAGCAGACACUCUUAUCCAGAGCGAUUUACAGUUAGUGAAUACAUAUAUAUAUAUUUUUUAUACUGGCCCCUGAUGGAUAGAUAUUAGAAAUUACAUUGGCUUUUGUUUUGUUCCAGCCUAGCAGAGACACACCUGACUCUACUAGCUAAUAAUCUUGACGAGUUUGACUAGUUAAGGUGUGUAAAAAAAAAGCACCAAAAAAGCAAAAGCCUGCCCAGCAGAAACACUGACCGUCAGCGGAUAAGAAUGGCCAUCCCUGGUGAUAAGCCCUUGAUCAUCUUUGUUACUAGACCUGUGCCUUGUUUCCCUACAACCACUAUAUGGACUCCUUCAGCUAGGUUCACUGCAGCUCAGAAGCAGUCGCUGAAGUUGCCUAGACUUCCAUUGUUCCCCAUGCACUGGUAGAGUAAAACAGAGGUCUAGUCAGCCCUGGCCCUGGCCCCAGCAGCAGCAGCCACAGCUGUCCCCAACCCUGUAAACACUGACUGAAGACAGACACCAUCUGUUUGCUUCUUCCUCUCUCUCUACUGCCCUUUCCUCUUCUGCCUGCUCCUUCUCUCUCUCCUUCCCCCUUCUCUCUCGCUCCCUCGCUCUCUUGACUCCUUCCUCUUUUGCCUGCUCUUCCUCUUUCUCUCUCUCUCUCUCUCUCUCUCUCUCUCUCUCUCUAAUGCUCUCUCUCUCUCUCUCUCCUGCUCUCUCUCCCUCCCUCUCCCCAUCUUCCUGGUAGGGAUGGGAAUCCCCACCCCCAUAGAAAAUAUGGUUGAUGUUUCUCUUGGCAUGUAAUGUUUGCUGCUCUGGCUGACUUCCUGUUUAGCGGGCAGUGGAGUGGAGGGAAGAUUCCUGCAGCAGGCCUGAAGAGAGAAAAAGAGCAGCAUGCAGAAACUGAAAAAUAAGCUUUUAAAGUCACUGGGAAGCCAGGUUAGACUUGUGUAUAGUACAUGUAUUGUUUAUAGUGUUUAGUAAGUAAGUGUCUGAUGAUGAGAUUGGUUGACUUUCUUACAUAGUUACAAAACUGUAAAAUAUCUCCGGGAAAGAGUGUGUUUAUUCAGGAAGAAUCUUAAGAGCUGACUGAACAAAAACAACCACCAUCCUACACCAUAUAGCCCAUGUUGACACACAUACAGUCUACACCAGUGUCUCUCAACCCUCCUCUCCCCCCUCAGGCCCAGCACAGAGACACCUACGUGGAAGAGCGGUAUGGGAAGUACAACCUGAGCGACCCGUUCCUGGCUCUGCAGAGGGACAGCGAGGCCUUGGGAGGGCAGAGCCCUGGGGUCCACCAGGCUGUAGCAUGCUCCAGCCCCCUGGCCGUGCUCAAGCUGGUGGUCACCCACUGCAGGAGGAUGCAGGAGAAGAUGCUGGCCCAGCUAGCUGCAGCUGAGAGCAGGCACAGGAAGGUAGGUCUGGGGUUGGGACUGGAGCUGGAGCUGGGGAUAGAGCUGGGACUGGGAUUGAGACUGGGGAUGAGACUGGGGCUUAGAUGCCAACCCCUAUACUCUUGAUUAGAUUAAAGAUAAACUAGCUGGCUACCAAAGCAUAACUAAUCACGAGGGGUUCUUGUCCACCUUGACUCAGGAAAGGAUUUAGUGAGCAGAAUAUCCUAACCUGUGAACUGAUCAUUUCUGUGUCUCUGUCUCCCCCCUGUGGUUGUGUCAGGUCAUUGCAGAUCUGGAGGAGGAGAGGAGAAGGCAUGCAGAGGACACAGCCGAGGGCGAUGAUGUCACUUACAUCCUGGAAAAGGAGAGGGAACGCCUCCUGCAACAGGUAGAGUUAAGAUCAAUAUCUGAGUGAUGAUAACUGCUAUAGUAGAGUGAUGAUAACUGCUAUAGUAGAGUGAUGAUAACUGCUAUAGUAGAGUGAUGAUAACUGCUAUAGUAGAGUGAUGAUAACUGCUAUAGUAGAGUGAUGAUAACUGCUAUAGUAGAGUGAUGAUAACUGCUAUAGGCUAUUUAGUUUUUAUCGGUUGUAACCUAUUCUACUCUAUUCUGCCUGUAGCUGGAGUUUGAGCGGGGCCAGGUGUUUCGUCUGGAGAAGGAACAGAAGAAGGUCCUGGAUCAGCUGGAGGAGGAGCGGGUCCAGCACAAGCAGCUCUCCUCUGCCCUGGCCAAGGAGUGCAAGUGGGCCAGCCAGAGGGCUCUGGAGGAGGGCCACCGCCUGGCUGAGACAGGCCGUAGGCUGGAGAAGGAGCAGGGGGAAGUACUUGCCCUGAGGGCUGAGCUGCAGGAGGAGAGGAGGAGGGCCCUGCAGAUGGAGGCCAGGGUGGAGGAGCAGCUGGCUGAGUUUGAUACGGAGAGGGAGCAGCUCCGCUCCCGGCUCAAGAGGGAGGAGGCCCAGUGCUGCCAGCUGCAGGAGCAGGUGGAGGUGCUGAAGAGAGAGCUGCAGGGAGAGAGGGGAGCUGAGGAGGAGAGGAGAGACUCUCCUGUUGACACCAGUGGAGGGUCACCACCACCACACCCCAGCCAGGCAGAGGGGGGUGAGACUGAGGAGCCUAAAGUCAACGGGCACCAUGACUGCCCCAGGGAGGAGCAGGAGCCGGUCCUUCCAGACAGACUGGGCCAGGACAACUGGAGUGAGAACAGCAGCUCUGUCCUGCUGUCCCCUGCCCUCUUGACCCAAAGCCUAUCGCCCUGCAGCACAGGGCCCUCCUCCGUCACCUCCUCCCCCUGCUCCUCUCCUCAGCUGGCCAUCAGCCCCAGCUACCAGUCCUCCUACCAGGCAGGCAUCAACCAUCGCUUCCACGCUGCUCGCCACAAGUUCCAGGGCCACACUGACCCAGAGCAGCAGCAGGGUGGAGGAGGGGGUGGCAGCCUGCCUCACUCCCCCAGAGACCUGUCCCCUACCCCCAGCCUGUCCCCUGAGCCCGUUCCCGUCCCUGUCCACAGCCCGGCCAAGCAGCUGGCCCGCAGCACCGUCACCCAGGUCCUGUCCCGCUUCACAGUCCAGCAGGGGGCCAAAACGCCGCCACCCAACAGCUCUCCCUUUGGCACUGACUACCGUAACCUGGCCCUGGCCCUGGCCCCCUCCUCCCCAGUCAUCCCCAGGGCCUCUGGUGCUGCUCUGCCUCUGGGGGUCCGCUCACCUACCAUCCCCCGGGCAGAGAGGGGCAACCCACCCCCCAUCCCCCCUAAGAAGCCUGGCCUGGCCCAGUCUCCAGCGUCGCCCAUCCCUGGUACCAGAGCCAUCCACUUCCCUGAGCUUUCAGGAAGCUGUGGUCUCACCAGUAGCCAGGAGAACGUUAAAGAGCUGGACAUGGUGGUGUCCUCCACCAGCUAG